AUGGCCCAGCCCCUCGCCGGCGGGGCCCCCGGCGCGAGCGGCGGCGAGCCGCCGCGGCGGGAGGCGGGCGCGGCCAAGGGGUGGUCCCAGCAGCGGGUGAGCGUGGAGCGGCGCGUCCACGGCGCGGGGAGCGGCGGGGCCGCCGGGGCGGAGGCGGAGGAGGCCGUGGAGCUGGUGCUCCUGGUGACGAGGCUCACGAUGGUCACGUGCCUGCUCCUAGCCGGCCUGAAGGUGGCGGUGUAUCUGCUGACUGGCCUCUCCGUUGUGAAGACGUCCGCUAUCGACUCCGUAGGGGACCUGCUGGUGACUCCCGUGACCAUGUACACAUCGUGGAAGAUGAGCCGGGCCGACCCCGUCGCCUACCCUGUGGGGCCUCGCACCAUGUCGGUCUUGGGUGCGCUCGUGCUCUCCUCUGUCAUGGCAGCGGCCAUGUUCUACAACGGCGUGAGCAACCUCGCGGAAGUGUUCGUGGAUCAGGAAACCAGCAACGAGAAGGCAGUCAGGGCUUUCUGGGCCUCGAUCUUUGGUGCGCCGUGCUCCAUGCAGGAGAGCCAUGCGUGGGAAGAGCUGAGGGACGGCGUCCGCCACAUGGCGCACGCCGGCAAGUUCGACAUGGGGGAUCUCUCCGUGCUCAUGCGUACCGUCGCGGUCGCUCCCGACUUUGCCUCUGCGUGCGAGGAGGCCGUAGACGUGGUGCGGGAA